AUGCUUGGCGACGACGAAGACGUUUUCGACAGCGUGACUUGGGAAUCACCUACAGAUCCUACCUACAAGGUAGAAGCGCCACCGUCGGGACCUGGUUUCAGACAGAGUACAGCAGAUAGCAGUGAGGGGCCUCACGACCCAAAGUGGGAAGGCUAUCUCAUUACAACGGUCAAGGACCCAGUGAAGGAGCUUGCAGAAACAAAGGAUGCAUAUGUCUCGUAUCUUGUUACAGCAAAGACAAAUCUCCCAAUAUUUUCGACACCCAGCCCUUCAUCUCGCCGACGAUUUCAAGACUUCGUUUUCUUACGUGAAAACCUAGUCAGGGACUUUCCAGCUUGUGUAGUACCUGCACUGCCGGGAAAACAUAGGCUAGAGUACAUCACGGGGGAUAGGUUCAGUCCAGAAUUCAUGGAGCGGAGACGUCUAGAUCUUCACCGGUUUCUUCAGCGACUAUCUCGGCAUCCAACUCUACAGCGAAGUACACUAGUUAGGGCCUUCUUUGAAUCCACAGAAUGGCACGUCCAUAUGCAUCAUCAUAUCGCGCACCCACCUGGACCGGAGCCUUUGCCUGGAAUAAUUGAUAACAUCUCCGACACCCUCCUUAAUGCAUUUUCGCGAGUCCGAAAACCUGAUGAGCGUUUCCUUUCUAUGCGUGAAAAUGUCGACAAGUUCGAAGAAGGCUUAAACACAUCUGAGCGCCUUUGGAACAGGGUCCGGGGUCGUACAAGCGCUGAAAGAGACGGAAAUCCGGAAUCCGCUGAAGACCUCACAGCGGAUUAUCAUGAUCUGGCAGUCGCUGUUCAAGGUCUAGGAUUUUUGGAAUCAGGUAUCACGGACCCGCUCAACCAUUUCUCGAAUACGUUGUUAGAGUUCUCAGCUCUGUUGCGUCAUAACACACAGACGACAACUGAUCCCUUCCUCACUCAUUUACAUUCUCUUCUCACCUAUUCUCAUGCCAACCGGGCUGUUUUAAAACUUCGAGAUCAAAAACAGCUUGAUUUUGAAGAACUCUCCGAUUACUUAUCAGGUGUUACGGCGGAACGUGAUAGACUCGCUGCUGUUAUCAGUGGUCAUGCGGGCAGCACUGGUCUUGGCCUUAGUGCGUACUUGAAAGACCGCGUGGAUGCGAUUCGCGGUGCCGACGAUGACCGAAGUAGGGUAGAAAGGAUGAAAAAAUUGGACGUGAAAAUCAAAGAGCUCCAGGAUGCUGUGACAACUGCUCAUGAGACAUCAGACGCCUUCAGUGACGAAACCUUACGGGAGCAGACCGUGUUUCAAUACGCGAAGGAAUCCGAAAUGAAAGAGAUGCUGGGGAAUCUUGCAGAAGGUCAAAUUGAGUUUUACAAGGCCGCAAUGGAGGAAUGGGAGAGAAUUAUACCAAUCAUUCAACGGAUUCGAGUGGAUGUUUAA